ACUAUCCCUAUGGAAACGGCGUCCAAACUACUAACGUCGUCGCCGUACGCUCAUCAAAUAAGUUGACGAUCACCGGCUACGAAAAAAAAAACAUAAGCGCGUAUUCAAUGACACAUUAGUAGAAAAUUGUGGUGCUUGCUAGAAACGUCGUGUGCGUUUAUCUGUGAUUGCGCAUCUAAUUCGUAUUGUAAUUGUUAUUAUUCUAAAUGAAUUGUGUCUUAUCUUUUUAAUUCAAUAUAACUGAUUAUAGCAUUAUAAUGCAGUUUAUUCUUUAGUGAAUAUGAGAAAGGAAAAAGCUGUUAAGAUAUAUAGUUUUUCUCCGGAACAAACGGCAUUAUCCAGAAAACAGUAUGUAGCUGAAAUGGAAAGUGACAAUGACAAUUUUUAAACAUUUUCAUCUUCUCAGUUUCUUGUCAAUCACACUGUACAGUCCGACAUAUUCGCAAAACGUACCCGAUGAUAGAAAAUAUGGCUGCACAUGGCAUGGCGGUUCCGUAGCAAAAUUAUCUUGCAAUUGUGAGCCUUGGGCUGAGAUGAUCCUAAAACCCAACUCUAUCGACUCCUAUUCUACUUCGGAAAUCCUCAUAAACGGCUGUAAAUCGAUCAGAAUAGAAGCGAACGCCAUAUCGCAAAUGAGAAACCUGAGAACUUUGGCUCUUAGUAACGUAGGAUCUAUAGAUUUUUCUAGCGACAGUAUCAAUUGGUAUGGAUACAAAGACUACAGCGGACGAUUAGAAGAAGAAAGAUUCGACAUAUCAGUCCCAUCUUUGAAAAUACACGUUUACGCAAGCAACAUAUCCCGAAUAUCUAGUCACGCUUUUGCUGGACGUAUCAGCGAGAUCACUUUAGAAGAUUUGAAUAUAGUAAAUUUAGAACCGUUGGCUUUCGUUAAUUUGUUACAAACCGAAAAAAUAUCACUAAGAAAUACGGUUUUGAUGAAUGUGGGAGUACAAGCUUUUAAGAAAUUUUCUACGGAACAUUUCGAACUAAUCAGUGUCACAGCUGAUUUGUUACCCAGCAGGGCUAUUUCUAAUAUCACCGUUUACCAAAACGUUACCAUCCACAAUUGUGUAUUCAAUACAAUCCGUUCCGGAGGAUUCACAAUUUACAAUCCGAAAGUAUUACAAGUUACGAACAAUAAAGUGCAACAUUUAAGCGGUGAAGCUUUCAAAGUAAUUUCGAGAGGUUUCGUCCUGUUUCGAGAUAACGAUUUUGGAUUGGUCGAUGACGGUGCUUUUCUUGGUGUAAAAAUAAGAAAAGAUACUCAUCCCGGCGAUCCGACUUUUAUAUUCGAUUCCAACAGAUUAUCAAAUUUGAGUAGUUCUGCUUUGCAAACAUUCGAACCAGGCGUUCAAUUUAAAAAUAUUUAUCUCGGUGAAACCUGUGAUUGUUUAGGUGUCGAAGAAAAAAUUAAAGAGAGUGAGUAUUACGCGGAACUUCAAUGUCUGAACGACGGUCAAUAUACGACGGUGGAAUAUUUCAAAGUCCACAUGUGCUCGGUUGUCAGCAACUAUUUUGUUAUGAUAAUUAUCGUUUCCGUUAUCGGUUGUUUGCUUAUAGUCAUCGUUUCUGGCUUGUUACUGUAUUACAAGUUCGUUUACAGGACUAGGAAAUACGGAAAUAAGAAUAGUUCCAAAAAAGGACCUUUAAGUCUCAUCGUACCAGAUGGUAGAACGUAUAGAGAAACAGAAUUGCACGUUAUUGUUGAAAGAACUGAUCUCCUUACAACUGAUUUGUAAAUAUUCGUUUUUAUAUUUAUUUAUUAAAAUAUUAUCAACUA